AUGGGCGUCCGAUCGAUCGGAUAGCAAUGACGCCGAACGCGGGAACGACGAAGGAGGAGGAGGCGGCGAAGGAGGUGGCCGCCGUGGCGGCGGACAUGGAGCCCCUUAUCCCCGGUCUGCCGGACGAGGUGGCGGAGCAGUGCCUCCUCCACCUGCCGUUCCCCUACCAGGCCCUCGCCCGAUCGGUGUCCUCCGCCUGGAAUCGAGCCCUUUCGGGCCCCGCGUUUCUCCGGGCAAAGGCAGAACUCUCCGCUGCCCUCUCCCUCCCCUAUCUCUUUGUAUUCGCCUUCCACCCGACCUCCCACCGCCUCCAGUGGCAGGCCCUGGACCCCCGCACCCGCCGCUGGUUCGUCCUCCCCCCCAUGUCCCUUCCUGCCGGCGGCAGCGCCCCUCUCUGCCCUCCGGCCUUCGCCUGCGCAGCCCUACCCCACCGCGGCGAGAUCUACGUCCUCGGCGGGAUGCGUUCGGACACCGAGACCCCGCUCCGGACCCUUGUUACCUACCGCGCCGCCACGAAUUCGUGGUCCGCCGCGGCGCCGAUGCCAACCCCGCGGUCCUUCUUCGCGGCGGGAGCGAUCGGUGGCCGGAUCUUCGCGGCUGGAGGCGGCGACGGGGGGAUCUCGGCCGUGGAGUGCUACGACCCGGCAGCGGACCGGUGGUUGCCGGCGGCGGGCAUGCGGUGCGGGAUGGCGCGGUACGACGCGGCGGUGGUGGGGCGGCGGAUGUACGUGACGGAGGGGUGGCGGUGGCCCUUCUACGCGUCGCCGCGGGCGGGGGUCUACGACGUGGAUCGGGACGCGUGGGAGGAGAUGAGCGAAGGGAUGCGGGAGGGGUGGACGGGUUCCAGCGCCGUCGUCGGGGACCGCCUCCUCAUCGUCACCGACUACGGGGACGGCCGGGUGAAGGCGUACGACGCCGAGAGUGACGCGUGGCGGGGUGUGGAGGGUGGCGGGGUGCCACCGGCGCUGAAGCGGCCGUACGCCGUGAGCGGUGCGGAUGGGGAGAUUUACGUGGUGGGGAGCGGGCUGGAGGUCGGGGUAGGGACGGUGGUGGCGGGGGCGGGGCGGGGGAGGAGGAGGGGGAGAAAGAGAGGCUGAAGGUGGAGUGGGAGGUGGUGAAGGGGCCGCCGGCGUUCGCUGAUCUGGUGCCUUGUUACUCCCAGGUGCUCUACGCUUAGAGCUCUUUGGGGUUGGAAAGGGUUUCGGGGUUUCAUGGGUCUGGAAUUUGUAAAUCGAGAAGUUUGUUUGUGUUUUUCUUUUUUCUUUUUUAUGCACCUUUCCCACUCUUACUUCAAAUAUAAUAAUAGAGCAAUUCCAGAGUAGUCUAUAAUUUCUGUA